CUAUAAGGUGUGAAGCAGCGUUGUGUUGAGCUGUGAGGGUGCUGUCGAAUCCUGUCAACGUAGAUAACUACAACAGUUUUAAGUUCUUAUUUGAGUUCUUGCUUGAAAUGGCGGAUGAUAUAAGAUCCCUAGAGAUAACUACACUAAAAACAGGGAAGAACAAGAAGAAACGCAUUGGAGGAUUAGCGUAUUUGAUCAAUGAGAAUCCAUCAUGGUAUCUUUGCAUCGUCCUUGGAUUUCAGCACUAUCUCACUAUGCUUGGAGCUAACUUAGCUGUUCCACUUGCCCUGGCUGAAAAAAUGUGCUUUGCUAAUAAUUAUCUGGCUAUUAGUGAAGUUAUGAGUACAGUGUUCUUUACGUCUGGCCUAGCGACACUUUUACAGACGUCUUUUGGCUUGAGAUUACCAAUCGUCCAAGGCUCAACGUUCACUUUUCUUGCGCCAGCUAUAUCAAUACUCGACUCAGAAAAGUGGAAAUGUGCAGUUAUCAACAAAACAAGCAAUGCUACUUUAGACAUGGAUGCCUGGAAACCACGCAUGCGCGAGAUCCAAGGUGCYAUUAUAGUAUCGUCAUUAGUUCAAGUUCUUGUGGGUUUUUCUGGUCUCAUGGGUGUAUUAAUGAGGUUUAUUGGUCCUGUAUCUAUUGCUCCUACCAUCAUUCUGAUAGGACUGGCUCUCUUUGAGGUCGCGGCGUAUAAAUCAGGUACUCACUGGGGCGUGUCUAUCAUGACCAUCAUAUUGAUCGUGCUAUUUUCACAAUAUUUGUACAAGAUAAAAAUGCCAAUCCCAUCCUAUAGCAAAGAACGGGGUUUUUACAUUGGAAGGUACCCAAUUUUCAGGCUUUUUCCAGAUCUGUACUUCAUGGAUCGUCUCGCUAAUUAUCACAGCUUCUGGUGGGUUCCCUGAUGACACCACAAACCCACAAUACCAAGCGCGYACAGACAGCAGAAUACAAGUUUUAGAGCAGGCCGAGUGGUUCAGAAUACCAUACCCAGGUCAAUGGGGAUUACCUACCGUCAGUGCGGCUGCUGUCCUGGGCAUGAUAUCAGGAGUGAUUGCUUCCAUUGUUGAGUCCAUUGGAGAUUAUUUUGCUUGUGCGCGCAUGUCAGGAGCACCACCACCGCCGACCCAUGCAAUAAAUCGUGGAAUAGGAAUGGAGGGUAUUGGUUGUAUUAUAACCGGWUGUUGGGGAACAGGAAGUGGAACAACUUCUUACAGCGAGAAUAUCGGAGCCAUAGGUAUCACGAAAGUAGGUAGUUUGCGUGUCAUCCAAGUAGCAGGAUGUGUUGCUUUAGUCAUGGGCGUGGUCGGCAAGAUAGGGGCGUUGUUUACCACCAUUCCUGAUCCUAUAGUAGGCGGUGUAUUUAUGGUGAUGUUUGGUAUGAUUACGGCUGUUGGUAUAUCUAAUUUGCAAUACGUGGAUAUGAACAGUGCAAGGAACAUGUUUAUUGUUGGUUUAUCGAUUGUAUUUGGUAUGGCGCUGCCGUUCUACAUGAAAAGCCAUCCUAAAGCCAUCCAAACAGGUGAUGAUGAAGUCGAUCAAAUCUUGAAUAUUCUGCUGAAAACCAAUAUUGCAGUUGGUGGAUUGCUGGCGCUUCUUCUUGAUAAYACUAUCCCUGGUWCUAAGAAAGAACGCGGCCUGAUUGGCUGGAAACAGCACCCCGACGAAAGUGAUGAAAACAAAAACUCAGAUGGUGAAUUUGAAACAGCGAGCAUCCAUGUGUACGAUCUUCCAUGUUGUCUCAAGGGCUUGGGGUAUCGAUACUUCUCCAAGUACAUCCCAUUCCUGCCUUACUAUCCAGAUAAUACUGGAAACGAAAUCRAAGCAACUUCUAGUGGUGUCGAUGUGCAACUGGAACAGAUGUCUAAUGGUAAUCAAGCUGUUUCUAACAACGAUCUUAAGGUCAACUACAAUGCGGAGAUUCAAGAAAAUCACCACAGCCCUAGAAUAUAUCGGACUAAUACUCAGUUGUAAUUAAACUGGACAAAUUUAGCUUGCAAUCAAAUUAUCAUUGUAUUUAAUUGAUGAAAUGGAUGCAGGCAAAAUCUGCUUAUAUGAGAAUAUUAGACACAGUUUAUAAUUAAUUUUUGAUUAGUGAUCGAGAUUGGAUGAGAACGACAAUCUCUAGUCUCCUCUCGGAGCCGUUAGGACGUUCGUUCCCAGGUCAGUGCCCACUAGCCGCUGUAGCUAGGGGGAGUGACCUGGGAACCAACCUUCUUAACGGCUGAGAGAGGAGAGUGACAAUCUCUUCUGUUCGCGAAACAUGAUCAUCAAAAGAAUCUAUUAUUAUCCAUAGCAAUACUUGUGAUACUGAAACAAUAGAAAUUGUUCAUCGACGCCAUUUUGCAGAGCAAAGCCUGGCUGAUAUUUUACACGUUUUAUUUCAUUUUAUUUGUAACUUUGGGGGAAAUGAAAAAAAAAAAAGAUAAAAUAAAUAAAUAAAUUAAAGAAUUUUUUGAGGAGACCACUUAUGGUGUCUCUUGUUCCUGCCUCAAAGCAGCUUUUUAAGUUCGGAUGGAAUUUCAAAUAGUGUUUGGUUUUAUUCAUGUUGAUUUUCAUUAAAGGUGUAAUAAAACCCCUGUGGUACUGCGUUAAUUAGCUUGAAAACAAA